ACUGUAAGUAUCCAUAAGAAACGUAAACUGAAUUGAAUUUUGUAAAACUGUGUCUCUUAAAUCACUGAAAUUUCUUGAAAAGAAAAAACCUUCCAUCUCAAACCGUUAUCAGAAAAUGGAAGCGAUCGUCCUUCCAUAAACAGCCAAUUUCAGAGCAUAUAAAACCGCUGUUAAAAGCACCCACCCUUUUGCACUUCUCUCUUACAGAGAGAUUCAUAUUACAACAAAGUAGAGAGAAACCCAAAGAAAAAGAAAAAGAAAAAAAAAAAAAAGCAAUGAGGCUUUCAAUUAUUUCUCUUGCCUUUCUCUUUUCCUCCCUUUUGCAGCCACCAACUUUUGCCAUUAAAAAGUCUUAUAUAGUAUACUUGGGAUCACACUCACAUGGUCCAGAUGCCAAGUUAUCUGAUUACAAGCGAGUAGAAGAUUCUCACUAUGAAUUGCUUGAUUCAUUGACCACAAGCAAGGAGAAGGCAAAGGACAAAAUCUUUUACUCAUACACUAGAAAUAUCAAUGGCUUUGCUGCAGUUCUUGAAGAGGAGGAAGCAGAAGAGCUUGCAAGGCAUCCAGAUGUGGUAUCAGUUUUCUUGAACAAAGCAAGAAAGCUGCAUACAACACAUUCAUGGAGUUUUCUUGGGCUAGAAAGAGAUGGAUUGAUUCCUGUUGACUCUCUUUGGAUUAAAGCAAGAUUUGGUGAAGAUGUAAUUAUUGGUAACCUUGACACUGGUGUUUGGCCUGAGUCUAAGUGCUUUAGUGAUGAAGGAAUGGGUCCAAUCCCAUCAAAUUGGCGAGGAAUCUGUCAAGAGGGCACCAGUGGAGUUCGUUGCAACAGGAAACUAAUAGGAGCAAGGUAUUUUAACAAGGGUUAUGCUGCGUUUGUUGGCCCUCUCAACUCAACCUAUCACACUGCAAGGGACAAUUCAGGGCAUGGAACUCAUACCUUAUCAACAGCUGGUGGAAAUUUCGUUAAAGGAGCUAAUGUCUUCGGCAACGGAAAUGGAACUGCGAAAGGCGGAUCGCCAGGUGCCCGUGUGGCUGCUUACAAAGUGUGCUGGCCACCUGUUAACGGCAGUGGUGAGUGCUUCGACGCAGAUAUCAUGGCUGGCUUUGAGGCGGCUAUAAGCGACGGUGUCGAUGUGCUAUCGGUUUCGCUUGGCGGAGAGGCUGCUGAUUUUUUUGAAGACCCAAUUUCAAUUGGUGCAUUUGAUGCUGUUAAGAAAGGGAUUGUUGUUGUUGCUUCUGCUGGAAAUUCAGGACCGGACCCCUUCACAGUAUCCAAUGUUGCACCUUGGCUAAUAACAGUUGGUGCCAGCACCAUGGACAGGGAUUUCACAAGCUAUGUUGCACUUGGUAACAAGAAGCACCUGAAGGGUACUAGCCUUUCACAAAAGGUCUUGCCAGCUGAGAAAUUCUAUCCCUUGAUCACUGGUGAAGAGGCGAAGUUCAAUGAUGUGUCAGCUGUAGAUGCAGGGCUAUGUAUGCCUGGAUCACUUGACCCCAAGAAGGUGAAAGGGAAAAUAGUGGUCUGCCUCCGAGGCGAGAAUGGGAGAGUGGACAAAGGAGAACAGGCUUUUCUUGCAGGCGCUGUUGGAAUGAUUUUAGCCAAUGAUGAAAAAUCAGGCAAUGAAAUUAUAGCUGAUCCUCAUGUUCUUCCUGCUGCACAUGUAAAUUACACUGACGGUGAAGCUGUUUUUGCCUACGUUAACUCUACCAGAGUUCCUGUGGCAUUCAUGACUCGAGUAAGGACACAGUUGGAAUCGAAGCCAGCUCCAUUUAUGGCUGCUUUCUCAUCAAGAGGACCUAAUGGCAUUGAGAGAUCAAUCCUCAAGCCUGAUGUCACUGCUCCAGGCGUGAGUAUAAUUGCUGGUUUCACUUUAGCAGUAGGGCCAACUGAAGAAGUAUUUGAUAAGCGCAGGAUUUCCUUCAACUCCCAAUCCGGCACCUCAAUGUCAUGUCCUCAUGUUUCUGGUAUUUCUGGCCUUCUCAAAACCCUCCACCCUGAUUGGAGUCCUGCUGCUAUUAGAUCCGCACUCAUGACAUCUGCAAGAACACGAGAUAACAACAUGGAGCCAAUGCUGGAUUCAUCGAAUCGCAAGGCCACCCCAUUCGACUAUGGGGCAGGACAUGUGCGCCCGGAUCAAGCAAUGGAUCCAGGCCUGGUUUAUGAUUUGAGCGACGACGAUUACUUGAACUUUUUGUGUGCUCAAGGAUACAAUCAGAGCCAAAUUAGACUAUUUUCAGGCAAACCAUACUCAUGUCCCAAGUCAUUCAGCCUGACAGACUUCAACUACCCUUCCUUCGUAGUUGCCGAUAUCAAUACCACAGUAACACUCACUAGAAAAGUUAAGAAUGUUGGGUCUCCUGGAAAAUACUAUGCUCAUGUCAAGGAACCAGUUGGAGUCUCAGUUUCGGUUAAACCUAAGAGCUUGGAGUUUAAGAAAAUAGGUGAAGAGAAGGAAUUUAAGGUUACUUUUAAAACUAAGAAAGCAUCUGAGCCUGUAGAUUAUGUUUUCGGGAGACUGAUAUGGUCAGAUGGGAAGCAUUAUGUUAGAAGUCCAUUGGUGGUGAAGCACUACUGAAAUUAUUUUGAUCAUAAUCAAAGUAGGGAAAAAAGACCCUUUUUUCCCUUACAUUUUCAGCAAGAAAAAGUAGACAUGUUGAAUAGAGAAAUGAAGCUCACAAUUCUCUCCCCUUUAGUCUUCUCUACACUCCUUUUCUCCCUUUUGCAGACUCCCUCUUAUGCUGCAAAACAGUCUUAUAUUGUGUACCUGGGAGAAAGUUCCUACUCAAUAAGCGAUGCUAUUGCAGAUGACAGUAAAGUGACACAAUCACACUAUGACUUGCUCGCAACACUCAGCCAAGCCCAAAGUGUAAAUGAUGUCCAGACUGAAUUGCUUUACUCAUACACAAAAUGUAUGAAUGGCUUUGCUGCAGUCCUUGACGAUAUUCAAGCAGAGCAGCUUCGAAAUCUUCCUGGUGUGAAACAAAUUUUCUUGAACCUGAAGUACGAUCUACACACAACACAUUCAUGGGAUUUUGUUGGUUUAGAAAGCCAUGGGACUCCUGUUCCUAGCUCCCUUUGGGACAGGGCAAAGUAUGGCCAAGAUGUCAUUAUUGCUAAUCUUGACACUGGUGUUUGGCCUGAAUCGCCAAGCUUUAGUGACGAAGGGAUGGGGCCUGUGCCAUCAAGAUGGCGGGGAUCUUGUGAGCCUGACAGUCAAAUUCGUUGCAACAAAAAGCUAAUAGGGGCAAGGGUGUUCUACAAAGGCGCCCAAGCUGCAGGAGAUGGCCCUUUUAAUAAAACUUCGAUCACUGCACGUGACAAUGAAGGCCAUGGCUCCCACACCUUAUCAACAGCCGGUGGCAGCUUCGUUCCCGGAGCUAGUAUCUUUGGCUAUGGCAACGGAACGGCUAAAGGAGGGUCGCCAAAAGCUCGAGUAGCUGCCUACAAGAUUUGCUGGACUGGUGGCUGCUAUGGUGCUGAUAUCUUGGCUGGAUUUGAUGCCGCAAUGGCUGAUGGUGUUGAUGUGAUUUCAGCUUCAAUUGGCGGUCCCCCAGUUGAUCUUUUUACAGAUCCUACUGCUUUUGGAUCCUUCAAUGCCAUUAAGAGAGGCAUUCAUGUAAUUGCCUCAGGUGGCAACUCAGGACCAACUCCAGAGACUAUAAGUAAUGUAGCUCCAUGGAUUUUUACAAUUGGUGCUAGUACAAUGGAUCGUGACUUCGUAAGCUCAGUUGUUCUUGGAGACAACAAGUCUUUAAGGGGAAUAAGUCUUUCAGACAAAUCCUUGCCAGCAGGAAAGUUUUAUCCAUUGAUCAGUGGAGCAGAUGCAAAAUCUGCUAGUGCUAAUGCAUCAGAUGCUCAAUUGUGCGAGGAGGGAUCACUUGACAAAGCUAAGGUUGCAGGGAAGAUCAUAGUUUGCCUUCGUGGUGAUUCUGAUAGAUUAGCAAAGGGACAGGUGGUUGCCAGUUUAGGUGCUGUUGGGAUGAUCUUAGCCAAUGAUCAAUUAAGUGCAAAUGAACUUUUAGCAGAUCCUCAUUUCCUUCCAGCUUCCCACAUCACUUACACCGAUGGUCAAGCAGUUUACAACUAUAUAAAAACCACCAAAAACCCCACUGCAUCAAUUUCUCCUGUAAAAACAGAAGUAGGAGUUAAACCAGCUCCAGUAAUGGCAUCAUUCUCAUCAAGGGGACCUAAUGCAGUUUUCCCAGGAUUGCUAAAGCCUGAUGUCACUGCACCUGGCGUUAAUAUACUUGCUGCUUACUCCGGAGCAAUAUCUCCAUCUGAAGAGGAAUCUGAUAAGCGUCGAGUUCCUUUCACUGUAAUGUCUGGCACUUCAAUGUCAUGCCCUCACGUUUCUGGCAUUGUGGGUCUUCUCAAAUCAAUCCAUCCAGAUUGGAGCCCUGCUGCUGUCAAAUCCGCAAUCAUGACUACUGCUAAAACACGAGCCAACAAUGGAAGAUCAAUACUUGAUUCAGACGGGAAAACCGCAACACCAUUUGCAUAUGGUGCUGGACAUGUGAGACCAAAUCUUGCAGCAGACCCUGGCCUAGUUUAUGAUUUGACAAUUACUGAUUAUGCCAACUCUUUAUGUGGAUUCGGGUACAACGAAAGUGUUGUCAAAUCAUUCAUAGGCGAAUCUUAUACAUGUCCUAAGAAUUUCAACAUGGCUGAUUUCAACUACCCUUCAAUCACAGUUGCAAAUCUCAAUGCUUCAAUAGUUGUCACUCGCAAAGCUAAGAAUGUAGGAACUCCAGGGACGUAUACUGCCCAUGUUAAGGUACCUGGUGGAAUCUCCGUGACUGUUGAACCUGCACAACUAACGUUCACAAAACUUGGAGAAGAGAAGGAGUAUAAGGUGAACUUGAAAGCCUUAGUGAAUGGCUCGCCUAAAAACUACGUGUUUGGGCAGCUUGUAUGGUCAGAUGGGAAGCACAAAGUCAGGAGUCCUCUUGUAGUCAAGCAUGCAUAGGCCCUAGAUAAUUGGCUAGAUUGUUACUUUUGGCUUUUGCAUUUGUUUUUUAUUGAAUUAUUACCAUGUUAUGUAAGCCUGAGGCAAAAGUUCAUGGAAUGUUACACUAAUUUCAUUGA